GAUAAGACAAGCUAUUUUUUCAAAGCAGAUUAAAAUAGAACGGAAUAGAUAUAAGCUUAUUUAGGAAAAAAAGGUUAAAAUUUUGAAUUAAGAAUUUGAUGGAUCAUUUGAUGUACAAGACUGUCUACAUUCUGUAAGAUCUCAAAACGGAAAAGGCUUGAGAUUGAGUUGCGAGGCAGGGUUAGUUUCCUCCAAAAAUAAUAGAAGUUUUAGCAUUAGGUUCGAAAACAAGGUAGAAGAUAUCUGAAUUUAUACAGUGGAUGUAAUGGAAUGAUAAGGCAAAAGUUACCGUUAAAAUGCGUAUUAAUGAAUAUACAGUGAUAUAUGGAGAGAAAGUUUUACUGGUUCCAUAUGAACGACAUCAUGUUCCCAAAUAUCAUGCAUGGAUGCAAGCACGUGAAUUACAACGUUUGACAGCAUCUGAACCCCUCACAUUAGAUGAAGAAUAUGAAAUGCAAAAACAUUGGAGAGAAGAUAAUGACAAAUGUACAUUUAUUAUUUUGGAUUUGAAGAAUUACCAGAGACAUCAAGGUGGAUUGAAGGAUAAGGAAAUAGAUACAAUGAUUGGAGAUGUUAAUUUAUUUUUUAAUGAUGGUGAAAGUAGAGAUAUAGCUGAAGUAGAAAUUAUGAUAGCAGAUGCUGCCAGUCGUGGGAAAGGAUUUGGUAAGGAGGCUUUAAAUUCUAUGAUGAGAUAUGGUAUGGAAACCUUACAUGUCAACAAGUUUGUUGCUAAAAUUGGUUAUGGAAACCAACCUAGUCAAGGAAUGUUUAAAAAACUAGGCUUUGAGGAGGUAUCAAGAAGUGAUGUGUUCGAAGAAGUAACAAUGGAGUUGUAUUUAACAGAUGAGGAUAAAAUGAUGAUUUUAGAAAAUACCCCAGUUUAUAGACUAGAUGUUCAGGGGCAAUGAUACAGAACAUUAUUAUAUGCACAUUCUUGAUAUUUCUAAUUUGUUACCAGACUUAAAAAAUACCAACAAUUCAAGAUGGUGAUCAGGAAUAUGGGAAUCGUCUAUCUGUUUGGGAGAAAGCCUAAGCCCUAGUGGUAUUGACAAAUUUUCUUCAAAAUUAUGCUUAUAAUGUUCAACAUUUUGUGCAGUACUGGUAUACAUCUUUAUGUCGCAUUGAUUACCGUUUAUUAACACAUUUAUGAUUUUCUAGUUCAUCUGAAAUUCAUCCACCUGUUGAUGUUAAUUGGAAUAGCAGUUAUAUCACUUAUGCCUAGUGAAUAUGUAUCAGAUCUUUGUUUUUUGCAUUAGUUUCAUUGUCAAAGUUUUGUAUUGAGAAUCUCAGUCUAAGAUGAUAUUUAAAAGUGAUUAAGUUGUGUAAGUAUACUCCUUACCUGAUAAGAUUAUAAUUUCAGCUAUCAGGAGCAUAGAAACCAUAUUUUAUGUAAUAAACAUGUUGUUAAAUCAAUUGUGUAUUCAAAAAUGUUUUUUUAAGCAAGGAAAACCUUUGAACUGUACCUCUUUAAUCAUUACCAAUCAUAAAAUAUAAAUAGAAAUAUAAAGUCUAUAUAGUAUGAUAUAUAGACACAGCUUUAUGGAGCACCAAUCACUGGUUAAAGUUUUAUGCAAUGUUUCCAUGUGUUCCUCCUUAAAUGAUAAAACGACAAAAUAAAGAUUGGCGAAACAAUUCAGAACAUUUAAUAAAACUGUAGCCAGUAAUUUCUGUUCCAUGAAGCUGUGUCUAUUUUAUCAUAGAUAUAUGGUAAACUUGAAUAUAAAAAGCCAUUCUUCUCACAAAUUUAUUUUUUACAUUUGCUAUAGUAAUAUAAUGUAAACCACAUUUUUGUCUGAAUUAACUGAUGAAUAAAAAAAGUCAUACAAAUCUUAUAAAAAAAAUGUUAAAUUCUCUAGAUUAUUUACUGAGUAAAGGAUUUGACGGGACACCAACUGUCUCCUAUUCAAACCUUUUCCCAAAUAACAAAACAAAGGCUGAGGUUUAGUAUGCAUUGUUAAUUUAGUUUACAAAUGUGAAGCAUAUAAAAUAUAUGUUGCAAGCCCAAGUACAAAAUAAACACAUAUUCAAAUUUUACAAAAAUUCAAGACAUUUGAACACUAAUUGUUGAAGAAAUUGUAAAAAUAUAUUUUGG